AUGGAACUAGUUUAUGCUCAAUUUAAAAGCGCUAAAUUAAUUCGGCAAUCAGCACUCACAAGUGACAAUGUAAUCACCUUGCACAUAGAUUGGUCAGAGAAUUAUAAUUUAAAACAAGCAAGAGAAGAGCGUUCUGCAUACUACUAUGAACAACAUGUCUCUAUAGCAGCAGGAUAUGUUUGGCGAAAAGACAACUGUUUUAGUUUUGGAUGUUUAUCUGAUGAUACAAGUCAUCUGUCAGAAAGUACAUGGGCGGCAAUUCAUGAUUUAUUGGAUGAGUUAUUAAGUGGAAAAGAUCUUAAACACAUUACUGAGUUGAAUAUAAUAUCUGACUCUCCAUCAAGUCAAUAUCGAAACAAAACUACGAUUUUCUUUUUAAAAUAUUAUGCUACUAAUAGAAAAAUUACGACGAGAUGGUUGUUUUUGGCUAGUGGUCAUGGGAAGGGUGUAGCUGAUGGUAUCGGCGCUACUAUUAAGCGGUUAUUUGAUAAUUCAGUUCGAUUAAAUCCAGAUGAAUCAUUUAAAGGUGCUGAAGAUUUAAUGAGUAAAAUAAAGAAUUCGACAAAUAUUCGCCUGUACUUAUAUAAAAAAGAAGAUAUUCAUUCAUUAAGAAUGCAAAUUCCAUCAUUAAAAUCAAUUAAAGGAACGUCAAAGUUUCAUGAAAUUAUUGUUAAACCAAAUGGAGAAAUAUUUACAAAAAAUAAGUCAGAUGAAACAAAAACUUUGAUACACACAACCUUUUAG